AUGUACUCAGCAUUUCUUGCUGCCAUCAUCGCCAUAGUGGUCUCAUUCAUUGUCAUCGCCUCAUCGAGGAGGUCUAGAGACAGCCGUAGCGGUACUAACAAGCGCCCACGAGCACAAAGUGAAUCCCCUGAGCCCAUCCCAUAUCCCACCACCACCUCAAGAGCACUUCCUUCCCCUCCAUCUCCAUCCACGCCAAUGGCUCUGGCCACAUCUGGACGCUUCGACGAAGCACGGCGCGCAGAGCUCAAGCGCAUCGCAGAGGAAACGAUCGCAGCGAUCAAAGAAGGGCGCUACGCCUUCCGUGGCGUCGACCAAGAUCUCUCGGUUAAGACCCGCGAUGCGAUCAAAAACACGAUCUUUUUCGAGCCCGACUCGGCUGUCUCGCUGUGGGCCUCGACGAAGCCGGACGCCGUGCCGCCCCCGCAGUCCCCGACGCACAUUGCGGUGCUGAACAUCUCGACCCUGGACGCAGCGCGGCUGCUGGAGCACGCGUACAUGACGAACCCACUGGAGGAGCACUCGACGCGGACGGGAGUGCUCAACUUUGCGAGCGCGACGAAGCCUGGGGGCGGGUUCAAGAACGGAGCGGAGGCACAGGAGGAGUCGAUCGCGCGGGCGUCGACGCUGUACUUUUCGCUGAACAAGUCUGAAGAGGCAGCCAAGUUCUACAAGCUGCACCGGGCGGAGAGUGCGCAGAACGCAGCGGCGUACUACUCGCACGCGAUCAUCUAUUCGCCGAAGGUGACGGUGUUCCGAGACGACGAUGGAGAAUGGACAUACCCAUUCGACGUGGACGUGCUGAGCUGCGCUGCGGUGAACGCGGGUGAGCUGAAGAAGUCGCUGAAUGGGCCUAUCAGCAGCGGGCUGGAUGUGUUUGUGGAGAAGGAGAUGGGGGAGCGGAUGGGCCGGAUCCUGUAUGUCUUUGAGCAGCACAAUAUACGCAACAUCGUCCUGGGCACCUUUGGCACGGGCGUCUUCCGCAACAGCGUCGCCACCGUCGCGCGCAUCUGGGCACAACUCCUCAUCCUCCCCGACGCGCGGUUCAAAUACUCGUUCGACCGCAUUAUCUUUGCGAUCACGGGCGGCGAGACAUUUGCGGACUUUCAGAGCGCCUUUGAUGCAUGGGGUCAACACCGAGCACCGGGUCUUCGAGGGGCAUGA